CCUUUGGCUCGCCCUCUCUCUCUCGUUUUCUUUACCGUCAUCACUGUGCUUUCGAAGCUGACGCUGCUUUAUUUGUGGCGACUUGAAAGCUUUUCUCUCUCUCUCUCUCUCUCUCUCUCUCCCUGCAACUUUCAAUGGCGUCCGAAGAGGUCAGCAAACCUCCUUCACUCCCUCCUUACCCUGAGAUGAUUUUGGCAGCCCUUGACGCUUUGAAGGAGAAGGACGGCUCAAACAAGUCUGCGAUAUCGAAAUACAUCGAAUCCACGUACGGUGACUUGCCAGCGGGGCACACGACCUUGCUUUCGCACCACCUGAACCGAAUGAAAGAGACUGGACAGCUGGUAUUUGCCAAGAACAACUACAUGAGGUUCGACCCAAAUGCGCCCCCGAGAAGGGGCCGCGGAAGGCCCCCGAAACCCAAGAGUCCGAUGCCUCCCGGGGCGCUUCCUUCCCCAUCCAGGCCAAGAGGGCGGCCGCCAAAGGACCCGAAUGCUCCCCCACCACCGCCGAAGAAGGUUUCUUCUUCUUCUUCUUCUUCAGUGGGGAGCGGGAGGCCUCGCGGGCGGCCGCCAAAGAGUGGUGGGUCUAGCGAUGGAGGUUCGGGGGCCGGGGAGAAGAGUGGGAGGCCUAGAGGAAGGCCUCCUAAGGUCAAGCCACAACAGGCACAAGUUGGUGUGCAAGCAAAUUGAGUUGUACUUUGUACCUUAAUUCCGUGGUACUGCUUUGAUAUCUCUUUUUCUAGGGAUGUUGUUUCAUUUGGAAUUUCAUUUUCUUUUGCUUGUUUGUUGGGUAUUGUGUGUGAGUUGCAUGUACAUUGUGAUUGUGCAGUAGUUGUUGAAGUUGAGGCUUGUUUGUUCCAAUCUAAUACUUGAUAUUCAUAUGGGUUGUUGCUUGAGAA